AUGAAGGGCUACCACGUCAGCCGCAGCCUGUCGCAGCACUCGGCCGGGCCGUGCCACUGCGUGCCCGAGGACUACGGCGGCCACCCGGACCACCACUUCCACCAGGGCCACCCUGACCACCCCUACUACCCGCCCGGGGGGCCCCCCGAGCCCCUGGCCCUGCCGGCACCCCCUGGUGGAGGGGGUGGAGGGGGCACGUUCCCCCGCGCUCACCCCAGCCAGCCGGCGUACGACUCGUCCUGCGAGGAGUGCCUGGGUCACGGCGGAGGAGGCGGGGGCAAGAUGCAGCGGAUCCCUGCCGGGCUGCUGGACCAGUUCGAGAAGCAGCUGCCCUUCCAGCCGGACGGCUUCCACACGCUGCAGUACCAGCGGGCGGCCAGCGGGGGCGCCGGAGGAGGAGGAGGAGGAGGAGGAGGCGGAGGGGAGCACCACCACCACCACCACCACGCGCACCACGCGCACCGUAGCGAGAGCCCCAGCCGCAUCCGCCACCUGGUGCACUCGGUCCAGCGGCUCUUCGCCAAGUCCCACUCGCUGGAGGCCCCGUCCAAGCGCGAGUACAACGGCGGGCCACGAGGGGGCGCCGGCGGGGCCGAGUACCGCGGCGAGAGAGGAGGGAGCGGCGGAGGCCACCGCAGCGCCGGAGAGGAGGUCGGCGAACGAGGAGGAGGAGGAGGUCAUCACCAGUCCCGCUCGGCCCGGCGCAGCAAGAGCCGCGAGCGCAGCAAGAGCGGCGACUACCGCCAAGACGCCUCCUCGUCCUCCCAUCGCCACGGCAGCAGCCGCCACCGGAGCCGCACGGCCGGCUGGUGGAGCUCCGACGACAACCUGGACAGCGACAGCAGCUUCCUGCCCGGCGGCCGCAUCAGCGGACGCAGCGGAGGCGACGGCGUAGCCGGACGCUCCUACCACGAGAGUCUGGACGCCACGCUGCACGAGCUGACCAUGAAGAGGCCCAAGGGACCGCAGGGGCCAGGGGGACCCCCGGGAGAGUGUCUGGCCUGCACCAGCAUGGUGAUGGCCGGCGAUGGAGGAGGCCACGGAGGAGGAGGAGGAGGAGGAGGAGGAGGAGGAGGAGGAGGAGGAGUGGGAGCGCACUCGCUGAAGAGGAGCACCUGGUCGGCCAUGACGGUCAGCCAGGCCAGGGAGGUGUACCCCCGCGCAGGGCCAGGAGGAGGAGGAGGGGGAGGAGGCGGCUUCGACAAGGCGCUGGUGCCCCUGGAGCCCAAGGGCAAAGAGAGGUCACUGCACCAUCUCCAGGUGCCACUGGACGAGUGGGGUGGGGGUUACCCUGGCGAGAUCGCGGGCGAGAUCCCGUGCAGACGCAUGCGCAGCGGCAGCUACAUCAAGGCCAUGGGCGACGACGACAGCGGCGACUCAGACGCCAGCCCCAAGGCCUCGCCCAAGAGCGCGCUCAUCGCCCAGAGAGAGGCCUUCCGCCGCUCCGUCAGCAUGGACCAGCGCUCCACCUCCAGCAAGUACUCAUGUAGGCAGUGUACAGAUGCGUACCCCAACAGUCGGACCACUCCCAAAGGGCACGCUCGAUCUCGUAGCUACACGCGCUCUCUCACCAGCUCACAGCUGGGCGACACUCUGAACCGUCAGUUUGAGGCGGUGUGUGAGACGAUGUUUGGGGAGAUGGAGUCGCAGGCGGUGGAGGCUCUGGAUCUACCCGGCGUGUUCCGCACCCGUAGCCAUAGUUACGUACGCGCCAUCCAGGCCGGCUGUUCCCAGGACGACGACUGCCUGUCCGUCUUCUCCAUGUCUGGACCGCAGGGCAGCGUCAAGGGAGGACCAGUCGUUCCCUACAGGAAGGGGCCUCCCCCUCUGCCCCCCCGCAUGUCCAAGCCCAUGAUCUCCGUGACGGCCCAGAGCAGCACCGAGUCCACUCAGGACGCCUACUUCCACAGCACGGGUCAGCCGGCUCCGGCCCACGGUCACCCCCACCCGCACCCGCACCCGCGGGCCAAGCAGCACAGCAACUCGGUGGACGGCGGCACCGGAGAGCCCCCUGGUGGCGAGCGCGCGUCCUCGCGGGCCGGCGGCGGCUACUACUCGGGCCGCGCGCGGCAGAACAGCAACUCGGCCGAGAGCCUGGACGGCAGCCGCGGGCUGUUCCGCGAGGCCAGCUACCAGCAGGGGGCGAUCAUGAGGGCCAAGCACAGCAGCUCGGCCGACAACCUGCUGGAGAGCGCCGGGCGCAGCCAGCGCGAGCGCGAGCGGGAGAGGGAGCGGGAGAGGGGCCCGGGGGGCAGUCUGGGGAAGUCGGCCUCGCUGCCCCAGAACAGCGUCUCCCUCAGCAAGGCCUCGGCCAUCGCCACCGCCACUGACCAGCACAAGCCCGAGGGACGCGCUCGCAAACUCAGGCCCUCCAUAGCGGUGCAGGUGGACAGCUCUGAGACACUGUCAGACUCCGACGGAGAGGGAAAGUCACUGAGAGAAGUGCACUCUAUUGGAGUUCAGGUGGAGGACGACAAGAGACGCGCGCGCUUCAAGCGCUCCAACAGUGUGACGGCGAGCGUGCAGGCGGACCUGGAACUGGAGGGCUUCCCGGGAAUGCUGGUGGGCGUCCCGACGCAGGACAAGGGCCUGCAGUUCGGCUGCUCCUUCCAGCGGCACUCCUCGGAGCCCGAGUCGGCGGGCCAGUUCGGCGAGUACCGCACCGUGCACACGCAGGGCCAGUGGGCCUACUCCGAGGACUACCAGCACCAGCACCACCACAUGCACCCGGGCUACGGGCCGCCGGACCCCUGCGCCCCGGAACCGCACCAGCGGGCGCUGCCCGUGCCCAUGCCACGCUCGCACUCGCCCUUGCCCCUGGAGCGGGGCGGCUGGCACGAGGGGCCGCGCAGCCUGCCGGACUCGGGCCGAGCCUCGCCCUGCCUGCGGGACGGAGAGUUCUUCCUGCGGCUGCUGCAGUCCGAGGUGGAGAGGAUGGAGGGGUGGUGCCAGAACAUGGAGAGAGAGGCGGAGGAGAACGAACUACCGGAGGAAGCACUGGAGAUGAUCCGCUCGGCCAUUGGCAGCGCCCAGAUGCUGAUGUCACAGAAAGUACAGCAGUUCUUCCGCAUGUGCCAGCAGAGUGUGGACCCGUCAGCGUACCCCCAACCCACCUCUCAGGACCUGUCCAGCUUCUGGGACCUGCUGCAGCUGGCUGUGGAGGACGUGCGCGUCAAGUUCCAGGACCUGCAGCGCCUCAAGGACUCCGGCUGGAGGCUGCCGCCCGAGAAGAAGGAGGAUAAGAAGGGCCCGCCCCCUCUACCCAAGAAGCCGCUGGGUGGCGUGACGGGCACCCUGCGCUCUGACAGCGUGAGCGAUGCCGGCGGGAUGCUGGUGGUGUCGCGGAGCGGGCCGGGGCCGGGCCUGCCGGUGCGGGAGAAGUCGCUGGACCUCGGGGAGCGUCAGCGGCAGGAGACGCGGCGCAGGCUCCUCCAGACCAAGCGCUCCGCCUCCUUCCGCCAGAACUCGGCCACCGAGAGCGCCGACAGCAUCGAGAUCUACAUCCCCGAGGCCCAGACGCGCCUGUGA